AUGUCUUCGUUACAGUCCACCCGUCGCCGACCCAUAGCCUGCCUGCGCUGCCGUCGUCGCAAGGUCCGAUGCGAUGGCGCAUCUCCUGCGUGCUCCAACUGUGCGAGAGCUAGAAUAGAAUGCUUUGAAGGUGUCGCGGGCUCAGCUGUUUCUAAAAGUCGUUUAAGGUAUCUGGAAAGUCGCGUACGGGAGUUGGAGAGUGAGGCACUUGUACGAUCACCAAGCUCCCAGAAUCGAUCGUUUGCCUUCCCACCGGUGCAUUCUCAUGAGCCAACAGCUGAGCUUCCGUCCCGGGGUCCGGGCACGGGUGGUCUUCUCCAACUACAGUCCUUACCCUCCCCAUUGCCCUCGACAUCACAUGGAGAACAAGGAUCCGCAAAUGAGGGACCAACGGAGGCCGCUCCUUCAUAUAUCUCGCAAGAGUUAAACCAGCCUGCUGCAGACGUAGCGGUGCAUCCCCCGUCUGAAAAGCGCUCAUAUCCGGAUGAUGGAGACAAGAACAGCGGUCACUCCAUCGGACUUGUCGCAUCUCUACCUUGCAACAUCACACGGGGGCAACCUCUCGCACACGAGGUAGGUCUGCUAUCUCUAGCCAAUGCUGGAGAUCCGAAAUACCUUGGCCCAUCCUCUGGGGUGACGUUCGCGCGUUCGAUAUAUCAGAGUGCUCCGCCCUCACAAGACGGCGCUCUUCCCCAUGCUCGCGAUGAUGUGGCUGCUUUACCGCACACUGCUGGUGCCUCACAACCGCCGCCGGCUUCCACAACUUCUCAUCCAAGCACGCAGAACUUUUCAUUCGACCUGCCACCGAUGCUGGAAUGCCAGAAAUUCGCAGAGUGCUAUUUCUCCAUUUCAAGCCUUUAUCCGUUCCUCGCGCCGGAGAGGUUUUACGUGCUGUACACCCAACUGGAGCGUGUCGUUAACACUGCGGUCUGGACUGGAGAGAUGGAUUUAAGAAUAGCAUUGGGUCAGGUUUUUCUGGUUCUCUCAAUCGGCGCACGUAAUCUGGAAAUCAAACUAAACGGUAGCUUUGGCUCACGGGAGCUGUUCGCUCAAGCUAUGUCCUCCAUUGCAGAAGCAAAUUUGCACGGCAGCGUCGAAGGCUUGCAGGUCCUCUUGCUUUUAGCCCAGCAUAGCUUUUACAAUCCUGAGGGUCUGAAUGCCUGGCACUUGGUGCAUACGAUCAUUGCAAGCUGCAUCGAUCUUGGCCUCCACCGGCGUGAUAACCGUUCCCGCGGUACUGAGACUCCAAUUCAACGCAAUGCUCGUUAUAAUCGAAGCGCAAUCUUUUGGUCAGCGUAUUCUAUGGACCGGAUGAUGGCUACUAUUCUUGGCCGCCCUCUCACCUUGCGCGAUGAAGCUAUUGAUUGCGAUUUUCCGGGUCUCGACUUUUGCAGUGAAGUGGAGGAAGGAGCCACUGAAUGGAAUUCCUCAUAUGCGAGGCCGGCGGAAGAGGAGUCUUCAGCGCACGACCCGCCACCACCAGCGCCAUUGUUGGCACCAUCCCCAUAUAUUGCAUGUGUCUUCUCACUUCGCUUCGACCGACUUGUGGCCGAGAUCAAGCUCAUGCUGUAUCGCGUCUCACGGUCGCCGACUCGUUUCCCCUGGCCCACUAACCUCGUCGAUUGGCAACAGAGAGCCCAUUUUGCUUGCACUGCGCUCCGGCACGAGGUCCAAGCUCGAACACAUCAUCAACAGGCACAUACAUAUCUCAGCAAGCAUAGUAUGUCGGAUCAUACGUUUCCGGCAUCUAGGGAUUUUGGGCCCAUCUCUACCCUAGACUUGCAACGCUUGGAGCUCAAAUACCACCAUUGUUUGAUGCUACUCUAUCGACCGAGUCCCCAGAUCCGUCAACCCACGCCUCAUGGGAUUCAGACUUGUUUUGCCAGCGCGAUUUCUACGGUUGAGUUGUACAGCAAUCAGCACCGCUUUGGAGACAUGGAGUGCUCCUGGCUCACCGCUCAUGCGAUUUUUGUCGCCUCGAUCACCAUCAUCUAUUGCCUGUGGACCCAUCCGGGCGUGGUGCAGCUGAGCGGCAAGAGCGGGCCAGCAGCUACCAUGGCCGCCGGGCUCGACUUCGUUGAGUAUGGGCAUCAACUUCUGCUGUCUCUGGCGCAGACAUGGACGAUGGCGCAUGAGGCGUGUCAGAAGCUAGCACAUUUGAUCAAGAUUACACACGAGACUCAGAACAAAAUGAGAGCAGCCGAAAGGGAUCCCAGACCACCUGCUGGAGACACUAGAGAUAGAACAGGGCCUCUGAGACACUCCUUGGCGACGGAGGGGCUGGAAGUGAAUGAACUUUACUCCCAGGAGGAUAAUAAUUUCGGGUUCUGUCUAGAUAGGCAAAACUACCUUAUCGAUGAGCUAGGCAUUCUGCGCGAUCUUUUUGAUAUCGGUUGGCUGGACAAUCUCGAUAAUGAAGGGAUUGCAGGCGCAUAUUAA